CAAUAAUCACCUCCCAUGUUUUAGUUUUAUAUAAUUAAUAAUAAGUUGGAAUCCAGGGUUGAAUAGCCACGGUCACAUGGCAAAGACAUGUUUUCAUGGUGUUUUUGUGUCAAUUGCGGUAACUUCACUGCUACUUCUCCAGGCUGAGGCACCAUCACCACCACCACCGGCCGUCUAUAUAUUUGGGGACUCCACCCUCGACGUCGGUACCAACAACUUCAUACCCGAGUGCGCCGCAAGGGCGGAUUUCUACUUCAACGGUAUCGAUUUCCCUUACUUGAAGCCAACAGGGAGGUUCAGCAAUGGCCUUAACACUGCUGAUCAGAUAGUGAGACUGUUGGGUCUAAAGAAGAGUCCACCACCAUUUUUGUACCUUGUCAAUGAUCCAUCCAAUUUCCAGAAGAAUAUACUGCAAGGUGCCAACUUUGCCUCUGGAGGAUCCGGUAUUUUAAGAGAUACUGGAAAGGCAAAAAGGGUGAUCCCAUUGGAGGAGCAGAUCCAACAGUUUUCAACCAUUCGUUCAAACAUAACAAACAUGACAGGGAGUGAAGAAGCAACCGAUAAAAUCCUGUCGAAAGCAUUCAUUCUUAUCAGCAUUGGAAGCAACGACAUGUUUGAAUAUCUGCUUGACCUCAGCAAACCAAUGUCCUUAGCAGAGUUCAAUGCGACCCUUAUAUCCACAUACGAAUACCAUAUAAAGACUCUCUACGAGCUUGGAGCACGAACGUUCGGCAUUUUAACGGUUCCACCAAUCGGGUGUACCCCAUUUGCUCGAGCUGUCUUCACCGGUAACAACAGCUGCUCCGAACCAGCUCAAGCAAUGGCAGUACAAUUCUAUUUCGACGUUGCGAGCUCAUUAGAACAGUUCAGCUCCACUGUCCAAGACAUGAAGUAUUCGGUGGGGAAUACGUUUUUGAUGACCAGUGUUUUGACGGGGGACAAGUUGGCCUUUGGUUUGAAGAACAUUGCAGCUGCAUGCUGUGGGAAUGGGACUUACGGUUGCAAUCAAACGGCAAGCUUUUGUUCAAACCGUGACGAGUAUUUGUUUUGGGACCAGUUUCAUCCGACACAAAGGGCUUCGGAGUUGGUUGCCUUGACUCUGUUCGGUGCAGCAGAGCCAAUUAUGGUUCCCAUGAAUUUCAGUCAGUUGUUGGGGGUUAACAUUUAGGAUCCCCACUUUGUUUUUAACACCCAAAGAAAAGACAGAAUCUGGGAUGUUCUGUCCUUUUAAUCCAAGCAUGGAAUCAAAUAAACAUGAUUAUAUAAGUUCAAACCUUUUUUUCUAUUCAAUAAUUGCAGAGAAUCCUAUGUAUUUUGUAGCAAUGAGGUGCCUGCCACCUAACUACAA